GAUGCAACAAGUUAAUGGACUUGUGUUUAUUUAACGAAACUGACAGUAAUACGUCACAUAUCGCUCACGAUGCUUGUUUUCCGAAGGUGUAAUUCCGCCUAAUCUAAUUGAAAAACAAUUUGCCGUUGAUGUUUUGCUACUCAAACUUUGUUACCAUUACUCGCCGGCUAUUUUCGAACUGACGCCACAGGAAAUAUUGUUUGUUGUAUUAUUUUUAGUGUAUUACCUUCGGAAGUUUUAUGAAUAAUAUGGAAAAAGUCGUGUGAAACAUGAUCGCGUGGCUCUUAAUAGAUCGGGGAUAUUUAAUCACAUGGGUGGCCUAAUUUGAUAUACAAAUAAGCCAUAUGUAACGAUAAACGACUGAUGAACAUUUGGGCCUAAUUGACUUUUGUUUAUUUUAUUUCGCGCUGGUGUCCGUAUCAAAUACUUUAAAAAAAAAUCACCCAUCAGUUAUUGUUUUCCUUUUCGGUUUCAAAUAAUUUUUAUUAGGGGGCAAGUAAAAUUUAAUUUACUACAAGUACUUCUUAGAUUAGAAUUUUAUUUUAAUGUGGGCGCCACUUCGGAAAAGAAAUUUAACGGAAUAAACACUUUUUUUUUAAAUAUGCAACUAAAAGGUUAAUAACCUUUAUUACUGGCAUCCAAAGAAGGAAAAUUAUUAUCGCCUGAAGAUAUUAUUGACCGAACAACACGUACCAUUUUCAUUUCUCCUACCGACAUUCUACUUUCUUCGGAGAUAACUUUCUCUACACGCAUCGCAACAUCUUCAUUACCACUUUUGCAGUUAACGAAGAAACAAGUUAGUUUAACAUUAAAAUGGUUUAUUACGGAUACGCCUCGUAUUACCCCUAUUUUAAGUAUGCCGCUUUGGCUAUCAUUGCUGUGGCUUUGCCUAUUGUCGCUCUGGUUAUCUUGAAGCUGUUCCAGAAGCUGAGCGUCGGGAGGUGCAGGAGUAUGGUAUGUUUAAUCGGGAAGACUGCUAUUGUUACUGGAGCCUGCAGCGGUUUGGGAUUUCAAACGGCAUUAGUGCUGGCCUCGAGAGGCGCGAGGGUGAUCUUAGCCGAUAAAGUGGACCUGUCCAAAGCAAAGAAGAAGAUAAUACAAAAAACCCACAACGAGAACGUGGUGACAAAACACUUAGAUUUAGCUUCAUUAGAUUCGGUCCGGAAGUUUGCGAAAGACGUGAACGCGACGGAAGAGCGGCUGGACAUCCUCAUUAAUAACGCCGGGGUCGGCUCGGUCGGUAAUAAAUACACCGAGGACGGACUGCAUCCCACCAUGCAGAUCAAUCAUUUUGGACCGUUUUUAUUAACACACUUGCUCACAGAUUUACUAAAGAAGUCUGCACCAAGCCGCGUGAUUUUUGUCAGUUCAGCUUCGGCUUUCAUCACGAACCUUACUGUAGACAACUUGAACUAUCCUGAGAAUCAUCCCCUCUCGCUCUAUUACACCACAUUGAUCUACGGUAACUCCAAGCUCUGCAACGUCAUUGCUGCCAACGGAUUCGCCGAACGUCUAAAAGACAGCGGAGUGACUUCCAACUCUUUACAUCCGGGAAUGGUCAAUACUGACAUUUAUUUGAAGAGUGGCAGCUUUUUGGGUUUGAAAUCGUUCGCCAAGCUCUUCAGGAAUAUUGUACUGUUCAGCUAUGGAAAGACUGCAGAGGAAGGUGCUCAGACCAUUAUCCAUUUGGCAUUGUGCAAUAAACUAAAGGAGGUCACUGGUAAACAUUUCUGGGACUGCAGGCUGUUCCCAUCUCCACCCGGCACUUGGAACAAGAAGUUCGCUGACAUUAUCUGGGAGAAGAGCGAGGAGCUGGUUGGAUUGAAACCUGAGGAAAAGCUAAAGGAGGAAUAAGAGAAUUUUGUUUGUUUUGUUAAUUUUUAUAUUUAUUUUUAGUUUAUGAUGUUAUAAAUUGCUUUUGUUAGUUAAGUUGUUAUUAUUAUAUUCAUUUUUCUUAAGUUGUUUUAGUUGCACAUUAAACAAUCAGUUUAAAUGUUUUAAUUAAA